AAUUUCUAUGAUCUGUGUAUCAUAUAUUUCUUGUAAAAGUGAUCUCAUGUCGCCAUUUUGUGUUUCAAUUUUGCGCUUUACAUUUUACAGAUUUGGUUAAAGUAAAAAAGAUGUCCUCUGCGAGCGGUGAUGAAAGCGAAGUUACUUUAGCUGAACCAGUACAACGUACAAGGUCUGGUCGUGCUCGUAAAACACCAGUGGUGGCGAAAAAAUCACCAGUGAAGAAGCUUCUAGCGAGAGCUACUCGUUCCCCUAAAAAAAUUCGAGAAAUUGAGGGGAUAGAGGAGGAAUCUCAUGUGUUAGAAGUGGUAGAAAGCCUCUCUGAAAAUGGUGUACAAAGAUUGAAUGACAUUAUAAUUGAGCGACACAAUGACAGUGCUCCUAUGUUACAUUUAGAAUUAGAAGAUUCAGGAGACACUAAUGUUCAUGAAGUUACAAUAGAUCAAAGUAUACAGUCGGAGAUAGGUGUACCAGAAUUAGAAGCUCCUCCUCCACCAAAUGUAAAUAAUAUGCCUAAUACACCUAUUUUAUCUUCACUUAAAGUAAAAGAAGCUACACAUUUAAUGCAGGAACAUUCUGGUACAGAAUGUGAUACAAUAAUUAUAGAAGAGAGUAGUAUGGACAAGGAAGAUAUGCUUUGUGAAACUACACAGAUUGAGAUGGAAGGACAAAGUAUAAGUAAUGAUGAGAUAAGCAAUCAACGUGUAUUGAUUGAUUUUGAAGAAGUUGUAACAGAAGAUGGUGAUACAAUAACACAAGUGACCAAAAUUUUGGAUACGGAUGGAAUUCAUUCAGAUAAUGUAAUCAGUCAUGUCGAUACAGGUAUUGAAGUUAUGGAGGUUGAUGAUUCACAACAAGAAAUAUCAGAAGUUGUAGAAAAUAUUGUGGAUAAAGUGGAACCGGACGCAGAAGCAAUGGAAACUGAAAACAUAGAACUUUCGACUAUAGAAAUUACUGAAGGAAAUGAGUCAAACUUUCAAAUUGAUAAUGGUAUAAAAAAAACAGAACCAGAUACAGAAGCAGUUUCUGAAGAUGAAUUACCUAACGAAGCAGCUGCUAAGGAACCAGAAACUGAAGCUGUCUCUGACGAAGAAUUACCAGCAGCUGCUCCUGCUGAUUUAGGUGAAACAGAAUCUGUCUCGGAAGACGAAUUACCACCAGAUAGUGAAAAGAAAAGAAAAAGUGGUAUUAAGUCUAUAAAUAAAACACCAGAAAAAAAAGCUAAAACGGAAGGAGGAAAUAAAAGAAAAUUAAAUGCAGAAGGAGAAUAUGAUCCUAGUUCUCCAACUUCUGAGAAUAAUGAUGAGACACCCGCGAAGAAAGUCGCUUUAUCCAGUGAAACAGAGCUUGGAGAUAAUAAACUGGAUAUAAAGCCAGCAUCGCCAAAAAAGAAAACUCUCCCUGAAUUAGAAAAGUAUUGGAAAGCUGUCAAUGAGGAUCCAUCAGAUUUUACAGGGUGGACAUAUCUUCUACAAUAUGUUGACCAAGAGAACGACGCAGAGGCAGCGCGUGAAGCAUACACCAAAUUUUUGGAGCGGUACCCGUAUUGCUAUGGUUACUGGCGGAAGUUCGCUGAUUACGAGAAGAAGAAGGGCAACCCCGAAAAUGUCCAAAUGGUAUUCGACCAAGGUUCGAAAGCUAUUUCACUCAGCGUCGACCUCUGGCUGCAUUACAUCAACCACUGCAAAACUGUCUACGAAAAGGACGAAGAAAAACUUCGUGAACAAUACGAAAGGGCUAUUCAAGCCUGCGGAUUGGAAUUUAGAUCUGAUCGUCUUUGGGAGAGUUACAUAAAAUGGGAAUUAGAAGGAAAGCGUUUGAGUAGAGUAACGGCAUUGUACGAUCGAUUAUUGUGCACCCCUACCCUUGGAUAUAUUUCUCAUUUUGAAGCUUUUCAAGAAUUCGUCUCUUCAAAUUUACCAAACCGAAUUUUAAGCGUCGAUGAUUUCCUUGCUCUCCGAGCCGAAGUUAAAGCUCUUCUAAAAGCAGACGACGCUACGUCAGCAUCAGCUGCGGACGAUGCGCCACCAGGAGAAGAACCACCUCCUCACGAAAUGCCACCUACGGACGAGGAGACACGUGCUAUCAGAGAAAAGAUCAUCAGUAGUAGACGUAAAAUGCAUAAAGCAAAUGUUAAUGCAGUGGCUGCUAGAUGGUCAUACGAAGAAGGGAUUAAGAGGCCAUACUUUCACGUUAAACCUUUAGAACGGUGCCAGUUAAAGAAUUGGAAGGAAUACUUGGAUUUUGAAAUUGAACAAAAGGAUCAAAAUAGAAUCAUCAUUCUUUUUGAAAGAUGUCUCAUAGCGUGUGCACUCUAUGAUGAAUUUUGGAUGCGGUUUGUACGUUAUCUGGAAUCGUUGAAAGGUGAUAAUGUAGAAAAAAUAAGAGAUGUUUAUUCGAGAGCAUGCAUGGUUCAUCAUCCGAAGAAACCUAAUUUACAUCUGCAGUGGGCGACCUUCGAGGAAGGUCAGGGCAAUUUUGAAAAAGCUGCUACUAUAUUGGAAAAUAUCGAUAAUGUGUUACCCAAUAUGUUACAAAUAGCCUAUCGAAGAAUAAAUUUAGAACGCAGACGUAACGAUUUAGAAAAAGCUUGUACAUUGUAUGAAAACUAUAUAAGCAACAGCAAGAAUAGGACAAUUGCUAAUAACAUUGCAGUAAAAUACGCUCGUUUUCUUUGCAAAGUUAAGAACGAUGUGGAUAAAGCUAUUAAAGUAUUACUAAAGGCCACAGAGAAAGAUAAAGAUAACCCAAGAUUGUACUUGCAAUUAAUAGAUCUGGGGUUACAGAGAAAUCCGGUUGAUACGCAAGAAGUCGUGGGAUACAUGGAUAUGUUUAUAGAAAGAGAACAUGCUGAUUUGGAACAAAGAGUUUUAUUUGCACAACGCAAAGUAGAAUUCCUUGAAGACUUCAGUCCUGACAUUCGACAAGUUUUAAAAGCACACGAACAGUUCCAAAAGUGUAUAAAACAGGCGAAAGAACGAAAAAAGACAAAGAGUGAUGAUAAUAAAACUGACUCUUCUCCUCCGAAGAAAGUGAAAACUGGAGAACAGUCUAAUAUACCUCCACCACCAUCUGUAGGUUCUCAAUCUUAUCAGUAUAGCAGUGGACCAAGCGGACCUUAUCAGUCACAACAACAGUUUCAAGGUGGACAAUAUGGAGGUCAAGGUGGCUAUCAACAAGGUUAUCAACAAUAUCCGCCUCCAUCAGAUCCUAAUUAUGCAAAUUAUCAAAAUUGGCAGUAUGGACAAGGUGGUCCACAAGCAUAUGGACCUUAUAAUCAAUGGGGUUCUUACAAUUAUUAUUAAAGGAUUAUUCAUAAUUUCUUGUGUAAGCAGUUAUUAUGCGUUAUCAUAUUUGUUGUAUAUUUUAUGACCCUUACUUUUUCAUUCACUUUCAAUUUAUCAAAAACGAAUAAUUUUAUCAAUUUUAUCGCUAAAAAAUGUUUUUUGCGACAUUACGAAACUAGCUUUCCAAAGUGCUAUUUCUCUUUUAGUAUUUCUACAAGUACUCUUUGAAAUGAUAAAUAUGCACUUAAGCUUCUAAACAAUGUGUAAUGAGAGUUAAUCUAUUGAAAAAUACGCCUAUUAAUGAGUUUGCUAUCACGUCGAGUUGUAAACAAAUUCUUUCGAUGUCAAUGUCAUCUUUCAUACAAAUUCAUAUUAGAUACAAAUUACUUUACGUAUAUUUAACAAAUUCACAUAUGACACGGCAAUAAGCUAUAAUUGUUUUCUAUUCUUCUGGACAUAAGUCGAAUAGUUGAAAAUUGAACAGCUUACCCAAAUGACAAGAAAUAAAAAUAUAGGAUAGUUUCUAAUGCAUUUUCCCCCCUUUUUUGAUACAUAGCACAAAAAUUGUGUUGCUUAUAUGUUCAAUAUAAAAAUCUCAUUUUUAGUUAUUAAUAAUGUAACAUAUUGUUGAGUGAAUUUGCACGAAUCAAAUGUUACAUCAGCAAAAGUGAAAUGUGUGAAAAUUGUAACCGUACAAAUUCAUUAUCAUUUUUAUUUUGACAUAUUUGAACAAAAUUAUACUCUACUUGAAAUAUGAAACUUACAGACACAGUCCAACGUAUACGAAAUGCAUUUAUUAUAAAUCGUAUAUGUUAUGAACAAAUCCAAUUUUAAUUUAAUCUUAUUAAUUUGCUUUCAUUCAAUUACUACAUUACUUUAAUUAUUAUCGUAUAUAUAUAUAAUAUAUAUAUAAUAUAUAUGUAAUACAUAUAUAUAAUAUAUGUAUAUAAUAUAUAUAUAAUAUAUAUCAUAUAUAUGUUAUAUAUAUAUAUUAUGUGAUAUAAUUGGUAAAUUAAAAAUAUUUUUAUUAAUAUCCUUGUCAUUAGCAAACUUUUAUGAUUACAUUUAAUUUCUAUAUACAAAAUAUUUUCAUAGUGCAUAUAUCAUGGUUCAUUAUAGAUAAACUAAGAUUUUGAAAAAGUUAAUCCAAAAUAAUUGACUGCAAGUUUAGUUAUUUUUUUGGAAUUUCAAUUUAGAAAAGACCACUAAUAUAAAAUUUGUGUAGUGAAUUUACCUUCAAUUAAAUACUUUUUAAAAUUUUACUUUGGGUACUUAUCAUAAUUUUUAAAUAUUGAACAAAGGUGCGAAUUUCAGUAUAUGUUUGCUGUUGACUCAAUGUGGCAUAGUUAUAUCUUUUGACAUUACCUCUAAUAAAGCUGAAAUGUUCACAAAAUAUCACUUAUCCAAUAACAGAAUUAAGAUUUAGAAUAUGUAAUGUAUGUGAAAUUGUUCACAAACUAAUGUAAAUAAAGGGAUGGAUGUCAUCUUGAUUCAAAUGCAUUCAUAAAAUACUAA